CUGCUCCCCCUCUUCUCCACGUUGGCACCUGUCCAGGUGUUCCGCGCUCGCCCAGAAGUCCGGAGAGGUUCUGCCGGUCGCCACGUGUCACGUUUCCCGACUGAGAACCACAGUGAGGGCUUUGGGAAUCCUGAAAUGGGGCCGGUGUCAUUUGAGGACGUAGCCGUGGACUUCACCUGGGAGGAGUGGCAGGAUCUGAAUGCUGCCCAGAGGACCCUGUACAGGGACGUGAUGCUGGAGACCUACAGCAGCCUGGUGUUCCUGGGGCACUGUAUGAACAAACCUGAGCUGAUCCUCACGUUGGAGCAAGGACGUGGGCCAGGGAACGCAGCAGAGGCUUCAGACAGGAGCCUCCCAGAUUUUCAUAUAUUGUCUGCACCGAUUGUGACCAGCCAGAAAAAUCACAAGGCAUAUGUGUGGCAAGCUGGGACCACCCAAAACAGGGCAUCAAAUGAAAAGAUGGCAGAGGUAACGGAGCAACAGAAGAUCCAUCAAGGGUCAAACUCCUGUGGAAGAGAAGCACAUGGGAAGACAGUUUCUCAGAAAUCCCAGAGCACUGGGAUUCAGAUGUCUCCUACGUGUCAGACAGCUCUCCGCUACAAGGCAACACUCACUAAAGGUCAGAGACUUCAUAAAGGGGAGAUAAGCCUUGAGUAUGAGGAAUGCAGGACAACCAUCUCCCAAAGCUCACGUGUUACAGUAUGUCAGAAAACUCUUAUAGACAUAAAGCUUUGUGGAUGUACAGAAUGCAGAAAAGCUUUCUCUCGCAACUCAGAGCUCACAAGUCAUCCAAGAACACACACACGUAAGAGGCCCUAUAAAUGUACGGAAUGUGGGAAAGCCUUCUGCUCUCAGAGAAAACUGACUCUACAUCAAAUACUUCACACAGGCGAGAAGCCCUAUGAAUGUAUGGAAUGUGGGAAAGCCUUCUCCCACAAGGCAUACCUCACUCAGCAUCAGAAAAUUCACGGGAGCAAGAAGCCUCACGCAUGUGCUGAAUGUGGGAAGGCCUUCUACCGCGCAUCACACCUUACUGUGCAUCAGAGAACUCACACCAACGAGAAGCCCUAUAACUGUACAGAAUGCCAAAAAUCUUUCUACUGCCGGUCACAGCUUACUCUACAUCAGCGAACUCACACGGGUGAGAGGCCUUUUGAGUGUAUGGAAUGCGGGAAAUCUUUCUACUACAAGGCACACCUAACGCGACAUCAGAGAAUUCACACCAACGAGAAGCCCUUUGAAUGUAUAGAGUGUGAGAAGUCCUUUUACUGCCAGUCGGACCUCACUGCGCACCAGCGAUCUCACACAGGUGAGAAGCCCUAUGAAUGUAUGGAGUGUGGCAAAUCAUUCUACCAGAAGUCAAAACUCACCCUACAUCAGAGGAGUCAUGUAGGCGAGAAACCUUAUGCAUGCACAGACUGUGGGAAAGUUUUCUAUUGCAAAUCACAUCUCACUCUGCAUCAGAUAGUGCACACAGAUGAACACCCGUAUGUAUGUACAGAGUGUGGGAAAUGUUUCUACUAUAGGUCACAACUCAUUGUCCAUGGAAGAACUCACACAGGUGAUAGACCCUAUGCAUGCGGAGAGUGUGGAAAAGCUUUCUCCCGCAAGCCACACCUCAUUCGACAUCAAAGCAUUGCUCACACAGAUAAGAACAAUUUGAUUGUGGCAAAUGUGGGAAAGGUUUCUACUGCGAUCCACGACUCACUUUACAUCAAUGGAUGUGAGCAUGUGCCAAACAUUUUGAAGGAAAAGAAUUCAGGAUAGCUUUCUACUUCAGGGCACAAAUAACAACAGUGAUCAAUUUGGACAAACAGCCCUGUGAAUGUGAAGAAAGAGAAAACUUUAUGCUGUAGGCUGUGAGAAAGAACUCUGAAAAUAUGAGUUCAAAAUACAGUUUCUCAACAAUGCAAAAUACAAUGAUGCAAUAUGAAUUAUAUUAGGAGCUUCACAAACCUAAAAAAAAAACAGAGUCAGCUGCACUAUGACCCAGGUUGUAAGAACAAUUCCUGACUUCAAGGUCAGCCUUUGAAAGAGCAAGAACAGGCCCAGGUCUGGAGUGAACUGUAAUCUCAGUUAUUGUCUGUGCUUAACAAAAACAGGAAGAUCUCUGAAUUCAUUUGCAGUGUUUAAGGAAAGGAAGAAACAAAUGUGUUUGCUGUCUCUUCCUAAGAAUCCAGGGGCUGGAAUGGGUGUGGGAGGGAGGCUGGUUCAUGAAAAAAUCAAAAGGAAACGCGGAGUAAAUGACUGAAUUGAUAUGUAAAUAAAAGAUUGGUCUGCAA